GUUGUAACACACCACCCCCAUCCUACACUUAAUACUCGGACAACACUCCCAACCAAAUUCCUCUUCUCUCCCCUAUAUUUUCAUUGCCUUCAUUUCAUUUUCUUCUUUUUUUCGAUUCUCAUAAUUCAUUCGAUCAUAUAAAGAUUGAGACAUAUAUAUCAGAUCAAUUUCUUAAUUAAGGUUUUGUUUGGGAGAUUGAUCGAGGAAUUAAGAUGGUGAGCCAAGAAAAGGGUCAUAAUAAAGGUUGUGAUCUCACGUCCUCCUCCUCGCCGGGCGACGGUGGUGUGAAGGUGGCGGCGGCGGGCAAAAAGGGUUGCUGCGGCGGCGGCGGGAAGAAGAAGGGCGGCGGAGGAAAGAAGGGGAAAAGAUACGGUUUGGUUUCAUUUGAAGAAUUGCCGGAGUAUAUGAAGGAUAAUGAGUUUAUUUUGAAUUAUUAUAGAGCUGAAUGGCCUUUGAAACAAGCUCUUUUCAGCAUUUUCCGAUGGCAUAAUGAAACGCUAAACGUUUGGACACAUUUAAUUGGAUUUGUUCUCUUCUCGAUACUGACCUUUGCGAAUGUAGUGCAUGUACCUCAGCUAGCAGAUUUCAUGACGCUGUUUACAUGGAAUUUCCCAACAAGUGGAGAGACAAAUAUAUCUCAAAAUUCUAAGGAUUUUUUUCAGGGGGCAAAGAGAAUGAUAGACCUAAAACAAGGGCAGAGUUUACAAAUGGACAUAACAACAGCAGCAGGAGAGAUGAUUACAACAGGAACAACAUGGCCAUUCUAUGUGUUCCUAGGAGGAUCAAUGUUCUGUCUUUUAAGCAGCAGCAUAUGCCACCUCUUCUCUUGCCACUCCCACCACCUCACCCUCCUACUCCUCCAAAUGGACUAUGUAGGAAUUGCUGUCAUGAUAAUCACCUCAUUCUUCCCACCAAUUUACUACAUUUUCCAGUGCUCCCCACACUGGCAAAUCGUGUACCUAACUGGAAUCACUGUCAUGGGCAUCUGCACCAUCAUCACCCUCCUCACCCCCGCCUUCUCCACCGGCAAAUACAGGUCCUUCCGCGCCUGCCUGUUCAUGGCGAUGGGAUUCUCAGGCCUCAUCCCGGCUGUCCAUGCCCUCGUCGUCAACUGGGACGAGCCUCAGAGGAACGUCACGCUUGCAUACGAGGGAGCCAUGGGGCUGUUCUACAUCACCGGGACUAUGUUUUACAUUACCAGAGUUCCCGAGAGGUGGAUGCCGGGGUUCUUCGAUCUGGCUGGCCAUAGUCACCAGAUCUUCCAUGUGUUUGUCAUCCUUGGCGCCUUGGCUCACUACGGUGCAGCCCAGAUCUUCUUGGAAUAUCGCGACAGGUUGGGCUGUGAAAGAAUUAGAUGACAACAGAAGAAAGUAAGAUGAGCAAAACCAGUCUGGCUAAUAGUUAGUCCAGUUGCUGAUGUGGGUAUUACAUGUAUGUAUACAUUUGUUUUAGUAAACAAGGAAAAAGGAAAAUUCAGAUUAUUGAUUUGUUGUAAUAUUUCAUAUCUGUAUACACUCAGAAAUGAUACUAUAUAAACACAUGUAUUUACAUUCUCA